GGUGCGCUAUUCUUGGACUCCUAAAACUCGUGCAGGUUUCAGUGGAGUAGAUGUACCUGUUCUUUUACCGGUGAAUCAUAAAGAGCAUACUAUGGCCGAAUUGUUUUCUGGGAACUACGAUUAUUUUGGCAACGCCACCGCUCCAUACAACGAGACCUACAAUGUCACUUAUAUCUUGAAUGAGAAUGAACUUGACAAUUUGCGCCAGCUCCAUGCCAUGGAUCGUGAACGGGAAAAAAUGAUGUAUGUUUACAAUUCGAUGGCGGGAUGUAUCUUUUUCUUCAAUUGCGUAGUACUAUUGUUGAUUUUAUCAAAUAGAAACGAACGAAAACAUUUUCGAAAUUGGCUGAUACUUCACAUGGCGGUUAUUCAUAUGCUACACUCAUCGAUAGCCUUACCAUUCUUGGCACAAACAUUCAAGGCCCCUUCCGCCGGACUAGUAAACGACAUUGGGCUGUGUAAAUUUCUCUUCUUCUUGUCCGACAUUUUAAACUACAUACUACACGUUUCCAUCGGUAUUCUCGGUGUGUAUCAGUGCAUUACAACUAUAUCACUGAGGUUAUUAAAAAGUGUUUCAAGCGUGUUUUUGGUGUCGAUAAUGAUGAUUCUGCCUUGGUUUGUCGUAGUCAUGCUUUCGGCAGUGUUGCGAUUGACCAUGUCGGAAGAACAAUGGGGAGGAUGUUACAUCAUUUCAGACACGACCGCGACAACACUGUGGUUCAUAAUGGCCACAGUUCUACCCUUUAUAUUGAUUACAUGCUGUUUUGUGACACUUAUUGUGUGUACUGCUGUAAAAGCAACAACAGAUUGUUCACCAUCACGAUCAGCGCGGCAUCUUCACAUGACGUAUUUUGUGGGGUUCUGUUUGUGUGUAUGCAUAAUGAUGAAAAUACCGUAUCACGUCGUAGUGUUCGAUCCGGUGAGAAUGCUGUGUUAUCAAUCACUGAAUCAGCUUGCCUGCUAUCGAAUUGAAUACGCAUUGGAUAUUGCAAAUUUGUCAGGCAUGCUAAUGAUUCCUAUUGUGUACAUUGUUCCAAAUGUCAUACACGGAUGCAGACUGUUGAAAAACAGGUUUCUGUGUAAAACCGGAGACUGUAGUACAAACGUCAAGAAACCCCAAUCGAUUGAAAUGGCAUGUAUGUCAUCUAGCGAACGGUGAAUUUGAUGAAGACUGACGGCACACUUUUAAUUUAACUUUCAUUUGAAACAUGUUUUAAUUAUUGUGUAAAGUGAAAGUAAACAACUAGUUUUAGUAAAUAUUUUGUUCGUUGCAGUAUUAUUUUUCAUAAAGAAUAUCAUACGCUUUUGUGAUUGUUGCUUAUGUUAUUUAAAAUAAUUGUGCAUGAAUAUGAUAUCAGACGCGGUUGUUGAGCGCAUAUGUGUAAGUGUAAGGUUCGGCAAGCCCUCAAACCGGUUUAAACUCCCCAUGGUUUGCAUCGACCGAUUUACGGCGGCGAUCCCAGCUGUGUUAUUUAUGUAUAUGGUUAAUACUAUGCUUUAUUUUAUGCUUUCCGGUGGUUUAAAGAGAAAUAUCAGUGAAAUUAAACUGGUAUUUCACUGUUUUAAACAGGGUUUUAAACAGUGAAAAAUAACAGUGAAAAAAAACGAUAUUUUUUCACUGUUUUACUGUGAAAUGACGUCAUUUUUCCUCCGAAAUGAUGCAUAAAUCCAGCGAAAUUAUCCAGUUUAACUAUUUAAAAAUGUAAAUUAACGGUCAAAAAAGCAUAAAGUAAAAAGAAAAUUUGUUGGAUUCGAUGGAAUAUCGAUUUUAAUUCACUCGUGAUCAUAAAAAAUACAUAUUUUCACUCGUGAAAAUAUUAUUUUAUAUGAUCACUCGUGAAAUAAAAUCGAUAUUCCAUCGAAUCCGACAAAUAUCCUCUAUAUACCUCUAGUAGAAAAGAACAAUAAUGUAUCCCCUUCUAGAGGUCUGAAAUGUCAUAUAGUUUAGACGUUUAUUGUUCUUCUUUGUAAAUAUUGUAUUGGUAUAAUAUUACUAUAGUGUACAUAUUGUAGCGUCCACAGUGAUAUCACUGAUUAUGUUUAUAUUUAAUUUUUCGCUAUCCAUAGCAAUGUAUAUACAUGACAAGAUCAUCAGUAGUUUUAUUCCCAGUGAUUUUGCUAUAGAUUCAAUUUAUUUUCCUUCUGAACAUAAAUUAAAUGAGAUAUAAAUCUAUUGGCGUCUAGUCUCCGGCCGUAAGCUCAUUGUAAUUCGUUAAAUUCGUUUUAAAUUGGUGAGGAAAUAAGAUAAAAUUACUAGCUAAUAACACGGGUGAAAGAAAGAAAACAAGAACGCAUAGUUUUGCGAUACUUCCGUAAAUUGACGUUAAGAUUAUGUUCUGUAUUUCUUUACAAAUAGUGUUUAGUUGAAUACUUGUACUUAUACUAAAGAGAUCACCUUUUACAUUCAUGGCUAAUGAACUCUUCAGAAAGUCA